ACAAAUGCGAGUGAGUCUGGAACAUCGCUGAAAUAUACAGCGUUGAAUUUAUUUAUUUUUUUUGUUCGGUUGUGACAAGUGAUAAACUAAUGUAUGGAAACAAAACAGACAUACAAUGUAGUAUGGAAACAAUCGUGAAAAUGUUCUGAAUUGUUUGUGGGUAUAUACGAAUCCUUUCAGUCUACAUGAAUGGUAGAGGUGGAAGAGAUAUUAUAAAAGUUUUCACAAAACUGACGGAAAACAGUAGGAUUACGGCAGUGAGAGAAUGUUCGUUGCAGGAAAUCGUGAGAUAUGGAAAGUAAAACGAAUAUUCCAAAAAAACGGAAACCACGCACAUUAUCGAAGAGGAAAAAACUGAUGUCUUAUUUCAGAGAGUACUGUGAUUAUACUGGCAUACAUGGAUUCAGGUAUAUAGGGGAAGAUCGAACAAUAUAUGAAAAAAUAUGGUGGAUAACUUCACUGGUUGUAUCGAUUAUCUUCUGUAGUUUGAUGAUACACGAAAUUUUUCAAAAAUACAUACACUAUCCAGUUCUAGUCACCUUUUCUAUGCAAGAAACCCGUUUACAGAAAAUACCAUUUCCCGCGGUUACAAUAUGUCCCAGGGCAAAAAUUUCACAAAGUUAUCUGAAUUCAACGGAAUUACGCGGAAGACAAUUUGAGAAUCUGCCGAUAACUAUAGAAGAAGAGAAACAACUGAAUCUCGCCUCUACAAUUUGCGAAUUUUAUGCCACUCCAGAGACAGAUAAUACAACCAAGGAUGAAGAUUUCUACGAUUUCUUAGAGAAGAGCAGGACCAACUUCUUUCAGUACUGCCAAUAUUUAGGAAAAGAAGUAGACUGCGAGAAUAUAUUUACUCCGAUCUUAACGGAAGAGGGGAUAUGUUAUUCAUAUAAUAUUCUAGAUCGAGAUGACAUAUUUCGUGAGAGUUUCAAAUCCAAAUUUCCUGAUUUCCACAAAACCCAACCGAUUAAGAAUUGGAACGUUGAAGGGGGAUAUUUUGGCAAAGAUUUCGAAACGUAUCCUAAACGAGCGCUUCGAAUUGGAGUGAAAAAUUCACUUAUGGUUGUUCUCAAAACGGAAGUAACUGAUAUUGAAUAUGAAUGUGCAUAUGACGAAUCAGGAUUUCGGGUUACUCUACAUUCGCCUUUCACUAUUCCAAACGUCCCAGAGAAUUUUUUCAACCUCCCACUAAAUGGAAGAGUGAUCGGAAACAUAAUUCCUCAUAUGAUAAAAACGUCGGAUGGCGUCAAAAUGUUUGAUGCUUCCAAAAGAGACUGUUACUUUCAGUCAGAUAAAACACUGAAAUAUUUCAAAAUAUACUCCCAAGAAAACUGUAUGUUAGAGUGUAAAAUGAAUUAUACUUUACAGUUUUGCGGAUGUGUGGAAUUUUACAUGCCACAGAUCCACGGAGUUCCUGUUUGCCUGCUACAGAAAAUAGAGUGUUUAGAGAAAGUUGAUUGGAUGUUUACAAUGAGUAGUGCAUACUCAGAGGUAACCGAAAGCUUAGAUGAUAAUAUGAAUUGUGUGUGCCGCCCUACCUGUACAGAAAUAACAUACGGUAUGUCGUUAUCAUACAACACAUUGAAAUUGGUACCAGUGAACAGAACUCUGAGAGAAUAUCUUGAUGAAGAACACUAUCAAUACUCUUCUCUGAGCUUAUACUUCAAGAGCAACCACAUCGAAACCAAAGAAAGGAGUGAGCUUUAUGGAUUUUCUGAUGUUAUAUCCAACUUUGGUGGUCUCCUAGGAUUGUUCACAGGAUUCUCCAUUCUAUCAUUCAUUGAAAUAAUUUACUUUCUCUCAUUAAGGUUAUGGAGUAAUUUCCAGUUGUAUGGAAAUUGGAGUGGGCAAAGGAAUUACGAUGGGCACGUGUUAACACAAGUCGCAAUCGUGUUUGUGAUGGGGUCUCUGGAUAAUGCAUUCAUCUCCACAGGUGAUGAUUCUGUUGUUGAUAAAAGAAACAGACGUGCUGAUUUCGAAAAAUUUUCAACCAAUCUGAACUCUUACUGUUGGGAAUACUACGACAAUACGGGAAUACACGGAUUCAAAUAUUUCGGUGAGAGACGGAGCUUGUUCGAGAAGAUACUCUGGAUUAUAAUAUUCAUUACAAGUAUGAUCUUGUGUAUUGCUGUUAUUUACCAAACAUACAGGAAGUGGCAGACUAGUCCGGUCAUAGUAAAUUUCGACUCCGGAGAAACCAAUAUUUAUGAAAUUCCCUUUCCCGCAGUUACUAUUUGCAACGAAGUGAAAAGCACGAGGAGAUAUUUCAACUUUUCUGAUGUCAUGAAGAAGCAUAUUGUGGAUGAAAAAAAACUUGAUUCUUUGGAACUGAAGAACUUGCAGUACAUGUCUAUGUUAUGUGGAGAAGGAAAACGUUUCUCCAAAUACAUACCGAAUAUAAGUACUAUCGACGAGGAUUUUUACAGAUUUUUGGGAAAUGCAAGUGUUGGAUUCCUUAAAAAUUGUUCUUGGAUGAGUGAAAACCAUGAUUGCCUCAAGAUUUUCAGACCAAUUGUCACAGAUGAAGGUCUUUGCAUGACCUUCAAUAUGCUAGAUGACCGACUUGUUUAUCGAAAUGUGGUACAUUUACCAGCUGUCAACAAAAAUCUCAAUCAUGCAUUUCCACAUUGGACCGUCGAUUAUGGGUACAGUGAAAAUGCAGGAAUCAACACCUAUCCAAGAAGAGCUCUUCUUGCUGGUUCCUCCAAUGCCCUUAUCGUGAAUAUGGAAGUCGAAAAAGCUGACCUCGAUUAUGCAUGUACCAGCUUCCAGGGAUAUCAGGUAGUUCUGCACAAAGCCAUACGUUUUCCAACUGUCCAGCAACAUUAUUUCCGGGUGCCUUUGGGAAAAUCGGUGAUAGUAGCUAUUUCGGCGUCACAACUGCUUACGUCCGAAGAUGUCAAAUAUUACAGCUCUACGAAACGGGAAUGCUACCUCCAAGGCGAAAAAGACUUGAAAUUUUUCCAGAAUUACACUCAGUUCAAUUGUAAACUAGAGUGUCUCGCUAAUCACACACUGCACCUGUGUGGUUGCGUUGCCUUCUACAUGCCAAGAGAAAGGGGUAUACCGAUCUGUGGAAAUGGAAACAAACAAUGCAUGAAGGAUGUCAAAAAUUACUUGGAUAUGUCUGGUCUACGACAUUCAAUCGACGGAGAGAGCACUAUACGGAAUUUCGGUGUACUCCAUUGCGAUUGUCUGCCCAUGUGUACUCUGGUAGAAUACAACACAGAAAUAACCGAAAUUGAUUUCGAUCUCUAUAAGGAAAUCGAAUCAAUAGGAAUAAAUACGGAUAAAGAUGAAAGGUUGGCCAGCUCUCAGUUGGUCAUUUACUUCAAAUCGAACCGUUUUAUUCCUUACAUGAGAAACGAACUAUAUGGUCAUCUGGACUUUCUAGCAAAUAUUGGUGGUUUGCUGGGAUUAUUCGUAGGUUUCUCCAUAGUUUCGCUCAUAGAAAUUAUUUACUUUUUGUCAGUAAGAAUCAUCUGUAACAUGAAACUUUAUAAGCACUGGUAUGGCGAAGAUUUGGAAGAUACAAAAUAGAGCAUCACAUCGAUGAAUAUCUGAAAACUAGUAGUAAACUCAGGCUUGUAAUAGUAGAGAUAGUAGUUAUAGAAAUAAAUAAUAAAGUAUUCA